UGAUUGGCUAUUUAACCUCUAUAGCGUUCCCGCCAAGGUAGCCCGGCUGCGUGCUUGUUCUCCGCGAAGCGCUAUUUCGGAAAACAAAGCGACUUGUGUAAUAUUAUCAACGCCAUGGCUGAUAAAGAAGCAGCGUUUGAUGAUGCUGUGGAGGAGAGGGUGAUAAAUGAGGAGUAUAAGAUAUGGAAGAAGAACACACCCUUCCUCUAUGACUUGGUGAUGACCCACGCCCUGGAGUGGCCCAGCCUCACAGCACAGUGGCUGCCUGAUGUCACCAGACCUGAGGGGAAGGAUUUCAGUGUACACAGGCUGGUUCUUGGCACACACACAUCAGAUGAACAGAAUCACCUGGUCAUUGCCAGCGUGCAACUGCCCAAUGACGACGCACAGUUUGAUGCUUCUCACUAUGAUAGUGAGAAAGGCGAGUUUGGAGGCUUUGGCUCAGUCAGCGGUAAGAUAGAGAUUGAAAUUAAGAUAAACCAUGAGGGAGAGGUGAACAGAGCCCGCCACAUGCCCCAGAACCCCUGCAUCAUCGCCACCAAAACCCCAACCAGUGAUGUGCUUGUCUUUGACUACACCAAACAUCCCUCCAAACCAGAUCCAUCUGGAGAGUGCACCCCAGACCUACGUUUGAGGGGACACCAGAAGGAGGGUUACGGUCUCUCCUGGAACCCCAACCUGAGUGGUUGCCUUCUCAGUGCUUCUGAUGACCAUACGAUCUGUAUGUGGGACAUCAGUGCAGUUCCUAAGGAGGGGAAGGUUGUGGACGCGAAGACCAUCUUCACUGGACACACAGCCGUUGUGGAGGAUGUUUCUUGGCAUCUACUGCACGAGUCGCUCUUUGGAUCUGUAGCUGACGACCAGAAACUCAUGAUUUGGGACACGCGAUCAAACAAUACGUCGAAACCUAGCCAUGCUGUGGACGCCCACACUGCAGAGGUCAACUGUCUGUCCUUCAACCCUUACAGCGAGUUCAUCCUGGCCUCAGGCUCAGCAGACAAGACUGUUGCUCUUUGGGACCUGAGGAACCUGAAACUGAAGCUGCAUUCAUUUGAGUCUCACAAAGAUGAGAUCUUCCAGGUCCAGUGGUCUCCUCAUAAUGAAACCAUCCUUGCCUCCAGUGGCACAGACAGGCGACUCAACGUGUGGGACCUCAGUAAAAUCGGAGAGGAGCAGUCGCCAGAGGAUGCUGAGGAUGGUCCACCUGAACUGCUGUUCAUUCACGGUGGUCACACAGCUAAGAUCUCAGACUUCUCGUGGAACCCCAACGAGCCCUGGGUCAUCUGUUCGGUGUCUGAGGACAACAUCAUGGAAGUUUGGCAGAUGGCUGAGAACAUCUACAAUGACGAGGACCCAGAGGGAGCAGCAGACACUGAGGUCCAGGCAUGAGUGAAUCUUGAGUCACACAACAACCCUCCAUUGAUCACAUCCUCAAAACACCUUUUUUUCUUUUUUCUCAAUAGGACACAAUGUUUAAAUAUCUUUGAAAAAAGACAUGGUGCAUAAGAGUGGGUUGUUUUGAAUUUUUGUAAGGGGAAACAAAUAAAUGUAGCGGGGAAACAUCUUAAAUUAUGCUUAUUGUGUUAGUAACAUUUAUACAGUUUAAUUUCAUAAGAAAUUACAUAGAUUUUCAUUCCCUUGACAGCUGUAUUGUAGAUUUCCCCAAUCACCUUUGUAUGACUAGUAUCCCUGUCUAUUGCUUUGUAUGCCACAUCUGCAUCGGAUUUCUUUUUGCUGUGUAUGUGUAUUCAUAAUAAACAUUGUUUUUACAGUAGACCUUCCAUGCACAGUGCAGUUUACAGUUAAGACAUGCUGAUCUCACAGCCAAGGCCAACUAUCAUAAUGUCAUUGUUAAUGUAUUAAGAGCAGUUUAAGUAAAGCAAUCACUGACAUCAUUGGCUAAAUGCACAAUCAAGGACACUUGCAAACAAUACAUGUUCGGUCUGGAGGGGUUGUGGAUAUUCUAGGUGUUUUGUCAACUAUCCUGUACUUCCAUGGAAAAGUUAUGAUUCCCCUUCAGCAAAUGUCUUGCUUGCUUCAAUACAGCCCAUGUAAUAAAAUCACAUUGAGACUCCCA